AUGUCUUUAGACACAUACAAUGUUAUCAGAGAUUUGGCAGAAUGUGCAGUGAACUUAGCAUUAUUGCUGAAUGCUGGGGAAUGCCAGCCCAGAAAAGUGACUUCUUUAGGGACACCUCAAGUUGUUGAGGGUACUGCUACCCCCUUGCAAGGCAUGCAAUCUGGACAUGACAGUAUAGUUGGGUUGAAAGCAUUAAAAGCAUUGAAGACGGAAAAGGAAACAGUUUUGGAUAAUUCACAUGAGAAAAUAGAACAAAAUUUUAAUGUGUUGAAGGUGAAGCUUGGUAAUCCAGAAACCACUACAGAUGUAUCACUCUAUAACGCCCUUAAGAAAAAUCUGGAAAAUUUUGUUGUACCUUUCAAACUCACUUGGUGGGAUCCAGAUGCAAACACAGUUCUCAGCAAUGGAUCAGUUGUAGUGCAGAAAUUGAACUAUAAUCAAAAACAUGAUUUCCUGGAACCAUGUGAGAACAUGAAGUGUGUUAUGCCAGAAUUGCUUCUUUUAAAAUGUGAUAACUUUGUUAGAAAUUUUUCUGCUUUGAAUAUAACAAAUGAUAUCAUGAAUGCUGUACAUGAUAAGACCUGGAAGGAGAAAACAUCUCAAUUGGAAAUAAGAGUGGAACAAUUGUUAGAAAUAAUUGAGGAAGUAUGGAAUAAUCCGGCCUUUGAGGACAGCACAACCUGUAGUGAGCAAAGUGAAGGAACAUACAUUUGUGAUGUAGUAAUGCCUUUAAUUUGGGCUAGUUUGGGUAAUAUGCCUGGCAGGGGUAGAAAACAUGUGGGGAAGAAGCCUGAUAUCAUGGCUUUGAUGAAGUAUCAAGGAAAAAUUAAUGAGCUAAUGUACAUGGAAUGUUCACAUGUUGUAUGUGAUAAUAGAAAAAAAGAUGAUGAUGGAGUUAAACUAUGGUGA